CGCCCAAACAAGUGCAGGAACUCUCAGUCUCUCAUUGAUCACACAACAUUCCCCAGACUCCAUCCCACACGAACACAAAAGAAUGAGUGCCCAAGGUGUCAAGCGUGCCUCCCCCGGCGCAGAGGAAGAGAAGAACCCAUUCGGAGAUGUCGAGCUCUCUGAUGAGGACGCCAAGAAGCUGCAAACUAUCCAAAAGGACCUUGCUCGCACCGAUUUAUACCUUGAGCGUCGCGCUCAGGAAAAGAUGCUUCCCGUUUACGAGAAGCGUCGCGAGAUUGUGAAGGCCAUCCCGAAGUUCUGGCCAGUGGCGCUUAUGAACAACACCAUGUUCUCCAUCCAUACUCAACACAACGCAGACCAGGUUGCUCUUAGUUACCUUGAGGACCUCUGGCUCGUCCGUGACCCCGUCGAGACCCGUUGCUUCACUGUUGAAUUCUACUUCAAGGAGAACCCGUACUUUUCGAACCGUAUUCUUAAGAAGGAGUAUAAAUAUGUCCCUCCUCCUGCGGCGGCAGAGGACAAGCCUGAUGCGGACGGCAUCACGGAGGCCAUGUUGGAGUUCUCCUGGGAACGCGAUGUUGACCCUCAGGCAUGCAAGAUCGACUGGAAGGACGACUCCAAGAACCUUACCAAGUUGUACCCGCGUGUGAAGGAUGAGGAGGAGGAUGAGCUUCCCUCGGAGGCCGGCAGCCUCUUCAACUACUUUGAGAUUGCUGACGAUCCGUUUGAUAUUGGGGUCUUGAUUGCGAACGAGGUGUUCCCGGAUGCGAUUGACUAUUUCUUGGGACAAAUCCCAAGCGAAGAUAUUGACUCUGAAGAGGAGGAGAGUGAUGAUGAGAAUGAGGAGGAGAUUGACCUGGAGAAGCCUCGCUUGAAAAAGCCCAGACAGACGUAAGAGGGUAUGGAUUUUUUUACUGUCUAUUUCUUCGUUGUGUAUAUUUCGUUAUGCCGAGUGCUGGCCGUGUAUAUGUUUGCAAGUUGUUGUGUUUUCAUUGUGGAAGCUAUAUGUCGCGAUGCUAAAAAUAAAGACGACGGUGAUUUGCAGC